CCUCGGCUGUCACUCACUGGGUCCUGGCCGGUGAUUACUAGCUGGCAUCCCGUGAUUGCCAAGCAUUACCGAUGGGGGAGAGAACAAUACAGCUCUCUCCCCUGUCAGCUCCAGCACACUGCUUUGUAUGGCUCUGCAUAGCAAAGCCAGUGGAACGCACACACAGUAUACUGUGAGAAAGCACACAGUUAACCCUUUGAUCACCCCACAUGUUAACCCCUUCCUGCCCAGUGCCAUUAGUACAAUGUCUGUGCUUUUUAUUAGCAGUGAUCACUGUAUUGAUGUCACUGGGGAUGUUAGUGACACCAAGUCAGUUCCCCCCAGUAUCAGAAUGCCCGCCGCAGUCCCGAUAUAAGUCGCUGA